AUGCAAUUCUUCUUUGUAUGUGUCAGGUUACGGCAAGGACUCGUGUUGGACGAUCUGGCAGAUCGAUUCAAGGUGGACAGUUCAACCCUGUCAAGGUACUUCACGUCAUGGGUGAAUUUGAUGUAUGUGACCUUUAAAGAAUUGCUGGUGUUCCCGUCUCGUCGGCGUAUCGACAAAGACAUGCCCAAAUCUUUCAAGAUAUACUACCCCACUACUAGAGUCAUUAUUGACUGCACUGAGUUUUUCAUCGAGCGGCCGUCCCGUCUGUCCACCAACAAUGCAGCAUUCUCCGCUUACAAAAAUCACACCACGUGCAAGUCCCUCAUUGGAAUCACUCCUAACGGAACUAUCAGCUUUGUCUCCACGUUGUAUGAGGGGUCAAUCUCGGACAGGGAUAUAGUCAUUGACUCGGGCUUCAUCUCACUGAUGGACCAUGGUGACUCAGUCAUGGCGGACAAGGGCUUCAACAUCCAAGACCUCCUUGCUCCAUACGGUGUCCGGCUGAAUAUUCCACCAUUUAACACCAAGGCAUAUCAAAUGCUCCCCCAGGAUGUUGUCGAAACGAAGUCCAUCGCUGCUGUAAGAAUUCAUGUGGAAAGAGCCAUCAACCGCAUCAAGCAAUAUCGUCUUCUUGAUGGUGUCAUUGACAACAAUUUAUUUGAUAUUCUUGAGCAAGCUGUCUUCUCAGCGUGUGUUUUAUGCAAUUACCAACCCACAUUGGUUGCUACCUGA